AUGAAGUCAGUCCAGUUUUGCUUCCUUUUCUGUUGCUGGAAAGCAAUCUGCUGCAGUGGCUGUGAGCUGACCAAUGUCACCAUUGCGGUGGAGAGAGAGGAGUGUCGCUUCUGCAUAAGCGUCAACACCACGUGGUGCGCAGGCUACUGCUUCACCAGGGAUCUGGUGUAUAAGGACCCAGCCAGGCCCACCAUCCAGAAAGCAUGCACCUUCAAGGAGCUGGUGUACGAGACGGUGAGAGUGCCGGGCUGUGCUCACCACUCAGACUCCCUGUACACAUACCCAGUGGCCACCGAAUGUCACUGUGGCAAGUGUGACAGCGACAGUACUGACUGCACCGUGCGAGGCCUGGGGCCCAGCUACUGCUCCUUCAGUGAAACAAAAGAGUAA